AUGACAUCCACCAGUACACCUUUGCGGAAAUCAAACGCAUCGCGUGUGUUCGGUACUCCACAAUCUAUAGUACGAGAGGUGGCAAACGAUGAUGAAGCUGAACGAAGAAGCCGGCGUUCGGAAGUAUCGAUUAACGAUUCUACAAGCGCCGUUCAGGAAAAUGAAAAUAUUAAUAUGUGCUUGAAGCUAUACUCUGACAAUAAAAUGAGCAAGGAGAAUGCCUGGUCGUUAACUAUCAUCGAUAGUUUCGCUACGCUGAUGGCCCGUCAUUCGAAAUCACUCCAGAACUUCCAGGUAGCGGGUUCAACGCUGGAAGCAUCUACGAAAGUGUACGGACUCCGUGUCGAUUCCGUGCAUACGGACGUAAUGCGCAUGUGUUCCGAACUUACACGACAAACUGCGCGUGCUAUGAACAACAAUCCCGAGGAUGAAAAUGAUGAAGGUGCUGAUCGUCAGGGAAGUGAUCUAUCGAUGGUGGAAGGAGCCGAUGGAAGCAAUAAGGAAAACAAUCAGACUGUCACUACGCAGCCGAAAGUGAAGAAGAAGCGCACCCGUAACAUAGUCAGUACGAUAACGAAAUCGAAGGAAGCGAUCAAUGGCCCACUGGACACGAACCCGUUUAUGGAUCCGUUUUUUGCAAAGCUGAACUCGGUCGUGGGCGAUGUAAACAGUUCAAGCAGAUUGAUGCAAAAUAUCGUGCCGACGAAAAAUGCUGAGCUGAGGCUUGGUAUGGAUUACCCUUUUUGGGAUCCGUUGCAACCACCCGAGCUUGAUUUGGAUGGAAUGACAGAAACGUACGACGGGUUAGAAUGUAGCACACUCCGGUUCUUUCCACUAGGACCGGGAAAUUUGCUACGAUCAUUACGCUCUGGUUAUUUAAUUACGGAUGCACCAGCGGAAGAUGAUGAGGAUGAUGACGAUCAGCGCAGCAAUCGAACCUCCCUGGAUGCACAUAUGGACGAUAUAGAGGCACGAGACCAUGGUACUUCGCUGGUGAAUCGGUCUGCACUGGAUGUGCACUUCGAUAUUAAUGCCGAGGUGGAACCAGUACCGUCUGGGGAUGCUUUUAUACUCGAUUACGAUGCAAAAGAUAUUGACGGUAACGAUGACUUUGCGGAAGAUGAUCAACUGGCCCUAGAACAGUGCAAGGGGUUAAGGCAUAAAACGGUUGUUAUCGAGGAUAUGAAGCCGCUAGAAUCUUUUAACGCUCAGUUAGACUAUUCAUAUCGUCCGCUGGACAUAAUAUCUCAGUUUUGGGCCGGUCCAUCGCACUGGAAGUUUAAGCGAACGUUGCGACCCCGUACGACUAUCGCUCCAAGUGAAACAGCAUCGACCGCCUCUACAAAUUCAAAGGAACGGGUAGGGCAACGCAAGAAACGGUUCGAACUAGACACACUAGACGAGGUGUUGAGUGUGAAUGAAACAUUGUUCCAGGAGUAUAACCCUAAUCGGCCAAAUAAGGGAUUCACGCAUCUGAAGAGCGCGAUCUGCAAAAAAUGGGAAUCAAAAAAGCUUAAACUUCCCACCGAUUAUCAUCUUGAUCCGAAUCGUUUCGACGUUUACAAAUAUGCCCGAGGUAUAACUAUACUGAAUCUUUGCGAGGUAGACGUAUCGAACCAUGCCCCUUCGGAAGAGUACAACUGUGAUGCCAGGGAUGAUCAGAUAUCGUGUAGCAACGAUACGAAUGAUGGCGGUGACAAUGACAUGAUGAUGAACCACGAUGAUGGCGAGUUUCAUCCUAUGGAGCACGAUAAUCGACCACUCGAGCACGGCGAGAAAGAUAAGACAAUGAACGCUAGCUCGAUUGUCGAUAUAAUAUCGUCCGAGUUUCAUGGUGCACCGGACAGGGUUCAAAAGAUCAAUAUAGCUUACGCUAAGACGGCCAAGGUAAUCGACAUGAAGCAGCUCAAGUACAACUGCUGGCGCGUGAUCAGCUCACACGUACAGGCCGAAAUGGGCCCACCGCCAACACAAAACCCCUCCCAACCGGAUGUUAGUCUCAUGUCACCAACACAAUCCGAUGAUGCUAAGAUCACAUUCACCACCCUGUACCGUAAAGUACCUCAUCUACUUAGCAAAACAAUGAGUGAAAACAUUUCAAAAUCGUUAGCAUUCUACGCCGUGCUGCAUUUGGCAAACGAAAAAUCUCUCCUACUUGAACGGCAGGAAGAUUUGAAUGAUUUUACUAUAAGAAAAGCAGACGUGUGA